UCCCUGCCCUUUUCCACUCCCCCCAACGCUCCCUGUCCCCCAGCGUCAUUACAUCACUCUGCAUCCGAAGCCUUACCAAUCGCAGCCAUUUUACUCAGCGAAAUAAACUUCAAUCCCAUAGCUGGAAAAAAAAUAACUACACAAGACACGUCUGCUAGCAAUGAUGGAUACAACGCUGUGAACGCGACCUUGGGCCGUCUUGUGUUUCGAGUCACAGUUCGGUUCGACUCCAUGGCUUAGUGUGACUGCACUGCACUAACCCCAGGCGUCUCUGUUCUCGCUGCCCUCUGCUUCUAACGGUAGCAGCAAGGCAUACUGAAGGUCGGCGAUUCAUACCCCUUGCAGUUUGCCUGGGAAGUCGGUAUGGAGCUGCAGGCCACCCAGGGACAGCUAGGAGCUGAAGGGGACUGUGAGAUGUCAUGUCUGCUCGUGCCCAGUCCUCAGAGUGAGGCGGUGACCCAUGAGAUGGAGGAGCUGUCGCUGCAGCCCUCUCUGCCUCCACUCAGUGAACGUAAAAAUGUACUACAGUUGAGGCUUCAGCAAAGGCGAACCAGGGAGCAGUUGGUGGACCAAGGCAUCAUGCCACCUCUGAAGAGCCCGGCAGCUUUCCAUGGGCAGAUUCGCAGCCUGGAAAGAGCCAGAACUGAGAAUUUUCUCAAGCACAAGAUCCGCAGUCGGCCAGAGAGAGCAGAGCUGGUCAGGAUGCACAUCCUGCAAGAGACUGGAGCGGAGCCUUCCCUACAGGCCACCCAGAUGAAGCUAAAGAGGGCCCGGCUGGCUGACAAUCUAAAUGAAAAGAUCGCCCAGCGACCCGGCCCUAUGGAGCUGGUGGAGAAAAACAUCCUACCAGUGGAUUCCAACCUCAAACAGGCCAUUAUUGUGGGCCAAGUGAAUUAUCCCAAGGUGAUCGAUGAAGACAGCAGUGACGCUCUGUCCCCAGAGCAGCCGGCAAGCCAAGAGUCUCAAGCUUCGCUCCCCUCACCAGCCGAGAGCAAGGCACCAGAGAUGUCCCCUCCAGCCGUGGCACUACCACCACAGCCCAGCGCCAUGCUGCAGACCCGCCCAGUCCCUACACUACACACACUAGCAGCUCCAGACUUUAAAGUGAUCCCCACCAGCCGUCCAGCUGUAACUCCUCCUCAGCCGCUCACUACAGCUACUUUUUCAAAACCAGGCCCAACUCUGGUAAAACAAAGCCAGCAGAAGUCGCCCUCGGAGAAGACCCGCAGCAAAAAGGGCAAAGAGCCAAAGCCCAGGGUGAAGAAGCUCAAGUACCACCAGUAUGUUCCCCCAGACCAGAAGCAGGAGACCAGUGAAGCACCAAUGGACACCUCCUAUGCGCGACUGCUGCAGCAACAGCAACUGUUCCUCCAGCUGCAGAUCCUCAGUCAGCAACAGCAGCACUACAACUACCAGACUAUACUACCAGCACCACUGAAACCUGUGGCAGAGGGACAAAGCAGCGCCGCCAGCAGCCUGCCGACCUCCAUCGUCGUGUCUUUGCCCACCGCCCCUCCCCCUCCCACUCUACCUCAGGCGCUCACUCGGCCAAACAACUCACUUUCGAACCGCAAGCCAGGGGUUUUGCCUGCCAACCUGGAAGAGAUGAAGGUGGCUGAGCUAAAACUGGAGCUAAAGCUGCGGAGCCUCCCUGUAUCAGGAACGAAGACUGAACUCAUCGAAAGGUUAAAGCCCUACCAAGAGAGCCCCAGCACUUGUAGUCCUGCCACUGCUCCUCCUCCUGCCAAAGUCGCACUCUCCUCUGUCCCCAUGGACGUCACCAGCUCCACUGCGACUCCUGCUGUAGUACUCCCAGUCCAGCAGUUGGUUCCAACCAGCUCCACCGCCGUGUCUCCCGUUUCACCCAUUCCCACGGAUUCCUCCUCCCUCCAACAGGAUGUAGGCUUAUCUGACGUGCCUCUGGAUGCAGUCAUAGUGAGCCCUGACGCUAUGGGCCCGCACUCCUCUCCUCUGCCAUGUUUUCAAGUCCCGGAGGAAAAGGACAGGAGGCUCCAUGAGAAGGAACGGCAAAUAGAAGAGCUGAUGAGGAAGCUGGAGCAGGAGCAGAGGCUGGUGGAGGCGCUGAAGAUGCAGCUGGAGGUAGAGAAACGAGGCCAAGGUACAGCUACAGACACUGUCUCUGUGUCUCCCAAACCCAACUCUGUACCUAACGUGAACCGGGUUGCUACUGUUCUGAACUCAAAUGUAGUUAAGGUGGAAGGUGCAGUCCUGUCAAACUGUUCAUCUACUGCCAUGCCUAACACAAUCCUGGGCUCCCAGGCUUUUACAAGUCCCCUGCAAUCUGUGGUAAAAUUGGAGGACGUGACUGUUGCUUCUGGCAUGUCACGACAGCUCCAGACCCAAAAUCAGCUCAUCGCCCAGCUCAAGCCCCAAACCCAGCCACAAUUAAGCACCAGUCCGCAAGUGCUGGCCCAGUCUCAGAGGAGUCCCAAACUCCAGCCCCAUUCCCAACCUGCAGCCCCCGGUCUGCAGCAGUUCUUUAUCAGCCACCCAGCUGGAGUCUCCCAGGUGCUGGGUCAGCCUCAGACCCUCCUGACAACUACUGGCCAGGCUGGAACUCAGAUCCUCCUCCCAGUUUCACUACCUAACAGUGCUAGUGGAAUCCAGCUGCCAAGCACCACUGUUAGCCUGCAGACUCUGACCAUGUGCAAUAAUACCCCUGGUCUGGAGAACCAGAAGACUGCACCUGAGCUGAAUCACCAGCGUUACCCAAGAAACGCCUCAGAGAGCAGGGUCUCUCCACAGGCGUCACCCAACCACCACAUCUCCAACGGACCCCUUAAUAAGCCACCUUCUCCCCAGCCGGCCUUUAUUCUGCAGCCCACCUCUCUCACUAAUCAGCCUCUGAAGGCACGAGAGCCCCCCCGCUACGAGGAGGCUGUCAAACAGAGCCGGAGCCUGCAAAUCAACAACGCUUCGCAGGUUUCCACAGCAACCAGUCAGCAAAUGGAUGACUUGUUCGACAUUCUCAUAGAGAGCGGAGAAAUCACACCGUUUAUCCAGCAAGAACCAUCCAUGUCUCUCAACAAGACUGUCCCUGUCACCGCUAAUAUCACCACCCUGCCGGUCAGCACCGUCCUUUCCAGGCCCCCACCACAAAUCCAAGUGGCGCCUCUCCCCACCAUGGGCCCCGUCAUCGACCAUGGUCUACCCAGCCUGUCGUCCCUGGCAACAGAUAAUCAGCUGGAAUCCUUUCUGGAGGAGACACUGGUGGGGACAUCACCGGUAUCAGACCUGCGAACACAGGGCCUUAUGGAGGAGCUCCAGGCGCAGCUGAUGGACCAGCAACCCUACUCGCCCAUGGACACCUCAGACCUGUCUUUUUGUGAUUCCUCCUCGCCUCCUUCCUCUCUCAACAUGGGCCUGUCUGACCCCACAUUAGAUAACAUGGAGUGGCUGGACCUCACCAUGCCACCAGGUCCUGCUGGAGCACUUACACCGCUGGGGAUCCCUACUGACUUCCUCGAUGCACAUGACCUGCAGCUGCACUGGGACUGAUCGCGGGGCUGGAUAAGUAAGCAAGAAACCUGCCUCAGCCAGAGAUGGAUGGAUGAAGAGAAAGGCAUUAUAUGCUGCAAGGAGGUUGGUUCUCAACAAUUUAAAUAGGGUGGCGAAUAAAAGGAACAUGACAUGUCUACUAUGCCAUCUCACUCAACAAUCCAGUCACACCAUCUUCAAUAUUCCCACUAUAUACUAGAAGAAGGGAUGGUGUAAAGGCAGUGCACUGAUUGAAAUCAAACUACAAGCAGAUGUUUGCACAGCUUUAAAAGAGGAAUGCCAUGGCUUAAAACCAGAAGAAUAUUAUUACUGGUGAGACCCAAUAAGGGAUUUUAAAACAAGUCGACUCUGUGUCUGAUGUCAUGAUUUUAUUGAUGGUUGUACAGAGGCUGAGCCAAAUGAAGACUAGUUGUGUAGAUUGUUUGUAAAUAGUUUUUAAGUGAACUACAGGAUAUAAAAAAGGAGAUGAGGGUCCAUUCAAACAACGUAGUGCCAUUGGAAAUUGAAAAGACGCUGAUUGCUAUGGCACAAGAAGUGUGUUGCAGUUUUGAAGCUUCUAUUAGACUCGAUGUUCAAAGGGGAGGGUCGACCCAGAACAUCAGCAUCUUAUGACGUCUGCACAGCCUCAGACAAUGAACUGACCACGACCACCACACCUGGAAGGACUUUUUAUUAAACCAGUCGACCAAGUGCUUUGGCUUGGCCUGUGUGAGGUGCUUACACUAAAACCACCUGUUCCCUUUAUGACGCGCAGCCAGGUACAGUUGGGCAAUGAGCCAUACUUUGAAGGGAUUCCUGGCUGCAUUGCGGACAAGCCUCUGUUCACACUGGUCCAGUCCACUACAUACUGUAAGAUAAUAUAUGCGCUCGCUGACUUGUCUGACCCGUCGUAUCAGAUGUGACUGUUUUCUUCUAAUGUAGUUGAUGCCUGUGGUGGAGCUGUGGAACCAAUGACUCUGAAGAACAAAAGACUCCGGUCAAGCUGACAUAUUUGUGAGAGCUAUGCACUAAAGAGGCAGAGAGAUGUGAGCAUGCGCCUCCUUCACCUCAGAACAAGGAAAUGUGAACUCUGCCUUUCCAAGACAACCAUUAAUCUGAAGUGAUUCACAUAACUGUGAUCGACAUAUUGCUCCAGAGAUACUGCAGUUCUUGUCCAAGACUCUUAUUUUGAAUGUACUUUUAGAAAUAUCUGAAAAAAUUGGACUUUAUGACAUUGGCAGCUUUUUUGUCUCUCUUUCUAAUAGUAAACUGACAGUGGAAGGGGAUCAAAUAUCAGUUUGAGAUGUAGACGUGUCCAAACUCGCUGUCAGCUGAGAGUGUGCUGCAAGUUAAAUCAAGGAAUAACAAUGCUUGUUGGGAUGAGCUUUAUAUGUCACUGUCGUAACAGUAUCCCUGCACUUUGUGUGUGUGUGUGUGUGUGUGUGUGUGUGUGUGUGUGUGUGUGUGUGUGUGUGUGUGUGUGUGUGUGUGUGUGUGUGUGUGUGUGUGUGUGUGUGUGUGUGUGUGUGUGUGUGUGUGUGUGUGUGUGUGUGUGUGUGUGUGUGUGUGUGUGUGUGUGUGUGGAGCAAGUUGGUGCAUCCAUAGCAAACUAGGAUGCUAACUAAAAUUGCCAGUAGCUGCAAAGUCUUUACCUCCAGCAUAAAUAUCAUCAGGAGGGGUCUGAAUGUUCUGUACCAUAUGGCUGCUGCGGCUUCUAGCGUCCUGAGCGUGUGAGAGAGACCAGCGCGCUGCUCUGUGCGUGGGCGUGUUCCCCUUCUGUCCUGCAUGUCCGUCCGUGUCUCCGUGUGCAUGAUCGUAUUCGGAUUUGAAUCUCCGACUGUUUCACUUUCACAGCCUCGGCUGAAUGACACGGCUGAAUAUUUAUCCAAUAAAAGCAUGAGCUCGGCAGCAGAGCUUUUACUUUUCCGAAAGCUUCUGUCCACGUUCCCACGUGGUGUCCUGCAGUCACAUGCUGUGAGGUGUGCCACACAGUGUCGGGUCAGUAGAGCUCCUCCUUGUUCUUGUUUUAAAUGAAUUGCAUUGAAUCUCAGUGUCCGUUUUUUAAUUUGGGGUUUGAUACAUUCUUGCUUUCAGAUUGUCUUUAAUGCAUCAUUGUUACCUACUGUUGGUACAUCAGGGUCUCUGAAAUAUCCUCAAUUGUGUAUAAUGUUGACUUGCUGUUCACAGCAGCAGUGAUAUGCAGACUAAUAAUAUACAAGAGCUUCAUGUUACCAGUGUCCUGCUGCAGAUGAACAUUUGGCAUCAAAUCAGACCAAGACCAAAAUCCUACUCCUGUAAGCGUUUCCCUUAAAGGUUGCAUACAUGUAAAGCCACUGAAACAGCCUUACAGGUAUGUCCCCUGCUCCUAUUAGAUUACCUUAACCUUCCCCUUAGACUCUGCCGGUCCAGCUGUUUUUCUCCACAGACCGUAAGAAUCACUAGUUGGUCUGUUCAGUCUUUCCAUUUUCAAAAUGUCCAACUGAAUAUUUGUUGCCAAAAAGGCGGUGGAACAUAUUAUCACAUUUAGUUAUUUUGGUGCAGUUUUGUAUUUAACUUUAAUUCAAACAUUUAUUGUUACCAUGCCUGUGUACAGCAUCUAGAAGAAGAUUCAAUGUGUAUAUUUUUGGUUUGGAAAAUUCCCAUUUUAUUUUACAUAUCAACAUAAAGAAACGUCUGUGCUGCAGUAAAUGUACACUCAACGUGAUACCACUUACAUUUGGCCCUUUUGGCAAGACAGGGACAGCAACAAGCAAUAAUGGCUGUUCUCCCUCAAUAUAUUGUACUGUAUGUCAUCGCCUGCCUUCACGCCACUUCCUUUGAUGAACCUCUGUUGGUGGAAGCAGUGUCAGCCUGACGAACCCCCCUAAGGUUCAGUCAGCAUCUUAUCUUCUCUGCUCUCAUCCUCAUGCAAACAUUGUCCUGUUUGUGUGGUAAAGUCAAACCUUCCACCAAAGCUCAGUAAAAGGUGUCGUGUUCUAUAAAUAGAUGUACUUUGGGAAGCAUGGGUGAAGGUUCUCCAGUUAUCAGCGGAACCCCGUUCUUCAGUGUAACAGUCGUCUUGUCCAUGCCACGCCUCUCGAUGUUUGUAAUGCCAUAUGUUUUGCACAUUGUGUACAUAUUUAUAUAAAUGUAAUGCAUAUUUUUAUACAUGUCAAACAUCCAUAGGCGCUCUAUUUUGUAAAUACUCGAAGAUGUAUAUAAGUACUUGUAAGUACUGCCUUUAUGUGUCAAUAAAAUCUGGUGUACUGUGAAAA